AUGGCCCAACAGCACAUUUUAUCGGCAGUAGAAUCAGAAAUAACAUCAGGAAAGGACAAAGGUGAUCCAACUGAAAGAGAUCUUUCAGUAACUUUGGAUGAAAGAGACCUUUGGGUGAGGUUCCAGUGUUUCACAAAUGAAAUGAUUGUUACCAAAAGCGGAAGGAGAAUGUUCCCCGUGGUGAAGGUAACCGCUGCAGGGCUGGACCCCAAAGCGAUGUACACGGUCCUCCUGGAGUUCGUCCAGAUCGAUCCCCACAGGUGGAAAUACGUGAACGGGGAGUGGGUACCAGGUGGAAAAGCCGAAGUUCCGCCCUCCAACCCCAUUUACAUCCACCCCGAAUCCCCAAAUUUCGGCGCCCACUGGAUGAAGGAGUCCAUAUCCUUUGCCAAGGUCAAACUGACGAACAAAUCCAACGGGAACGGUCAAAUAAUGUUGAAUUCCCUCCACAAGUACGAGCCCAGGGUGCACUUGGUGAGGGUGGGAACCGAGCCAAGGCGCGUGAUGACGUUUCCCUUCCCGGAAACGCAAUUCAUCGCGGUGACGGCGUAUCAGAACGAGGAGGUAACGUCGUUGAAGAUCAAGUACAACCCGUUCGCCAAGGCCUUUUUGGACGCCAAGGAGAGGCCGGAUAAUUUGUAUAACCAGAGGGAUUUCCCGCCUACCUACUCCCAGCAACAGGCUCCGUAUUCACAAUAUGGCUCAUGGUUCCUGCCUCAUCAACCAAUGUAUGCGUCGGCUGCACAAAUGUCGCCCUGCCAGUUCAGAUCAAGUCCAACAUUGAAACGACAGAAAUCGGCACCAUAUACUAUUCAAAGGCAAAAGUCAGCGUCAGUAUCUCCACCACCUCACGUUUACAACCCCCCAGAUCACAUCCAGCAACAAUCCAUCUACAACACCUCCGGUCCCACCUACACCAGCUGGCCUACCAUGACGACGAUGCAGGCCCAGACGCCGACUACCAUCAUGAGCUCCUCCAUCAACUGCUGGUCGCUGACGUCCAGUCCGCCGCCCCCUCAUCAGCUGUCCGCGCAGCCUACCCCCAACCAAUCCCCCAGCCACCAGGUGUACCAGCACUCCCCCAUAGCCAGCAUCACCAAUCUGACGUACCCCAGCUACUACACGGACGUGUCGUACCAGAACCCGGAAUAUCUCUCGGUGGUGAACCCCGAGGUGUCGCCAUACGCGCAGAUCGGCACGGACAGGACUACCCCUGUGGUGUAUCAAACCGAAGUGAGUAACAUGGAGAAGGCGGAGUACGAGAACGGUGCUACGGUGACGGCCUCGAGCGAAGACAGACCUGAGUCUGCUUCUAGCACGCCUAGGCAGGAUUGGGUGCCUUUGAGUCACUUGCAAAACUGA